AUGGAUGCUCCUGUGAAAUCUGAAAAAUCACAUCUUAUAAAUGAGAAGAAUGCCAAAAUGUAUUCACUAAAAUUGCAAAGUGAGCUUGCGGACUCCAAAGAGGGCGAUCCCAGCAUGCCCCUGGAGAACGGUGACGUGACGGCGGGGGCCAUCGAGCUGAGGCGGCCCGUGCGUGCCCACUGCCACGGCCACAAGGCCUCCGCCACCGAGAGCGGGGAGAGGACGCUCGCCCAGAAGAAGCUCUACAUUGCCUCCAUCGUCUGCCUCCUCUUCAUGAUCGGAGAGGUGAUAGGGGGCUACCUGGCGCACAGCCUGGCCAUCAUGACGGACGCGGCCCACCUCCUGACCGACUUCGGCAGCAUGAUGGUCAGCCUCUUCUCCCUCUGGGUCUCCUCCAGGCCUCCCACAAAGACCAUGAACUUCGGCUGGCAUCGCUCAGAGAUCCUGGGUGCCCUGGUGUCGGUGCUCUCUAUCUGGAUGGUCACAGCAGUGCUGGUGUACCUGGCCAUCGACCGCAUCGUCAGGAACGACUACGAGAUCGAGGGCCACGUCAUGCUCCUCACAUCUGGGUGUGCCGUCAUAGUCAACAUCAUAAUGGCCUACAUCCUGCACCACUCCACCACCUUCCACGCACACGGCGCGGGCUACCACAAGAUCGACGAGAACGGCGUGGCGCUGAGCCCCGUGGGCCACCAUGGCCACUCCCACGGCCUGCUGGGUGGCCACGGCAGCACCAGCGUGCGCGCCGCCUUCAUCCACGUGCUGGGGGACCUGCUGCAGAGCAUCGGGGUCAUGGUGGCCGCCAUCAUCAUCUACUUCCGGCCUGAAUACAAAGUAGCGGAUCCCAUCUGCACCUUCCUCUUCUCCGUGUUUGUGCUGGCCACUACCAUCACCAUAAUGAGGGAUGUCUUUCAGAUCCUCAUGGAAGGGGCUCCCAAAGGCAUCGAGUUCAACUCUGUGAAGGAGGUUCUGCUCUCUCUGAAGUCUGUGAAGGCAAUGCACAGCCUGCGCCUCUGGGCUCUCACUUUAGGCCAAACCCUGGUCUCUGUACACAUCGCCAUAGAGGAGAAUGCGGACUCGCAGACAGUUCUGAAGGAGGCGACGGAGCUGCUGCAGACCAAGUUCGGGUUCUACAGCACCACCAUUCAGGUGGAGCCCUACUGCGACGACAUGAUCCACUGUACCCAGUGCCAGGACCCCAUGGACUAGUCAUACAGUACAGCGCAACGGGGCCCGGACAAGAGUAGCCAGGUCGUCCGCCGUCACAGACCAGCAUCACUCUGGUCGGGUCGGGUCAGCACACACACAUAGACACACAUACGCGCGCACACACAUGUAACAUGAGGACCUGCUGGACACAGAAAACACACACGCACACAUUUAACAAAACAAACAACACUGAAGCCUGAAACAAGGCACUUUUCGCACAUUGGAUGAAAGAUAUGGCAUGUGACUACUGUAACUACUGUACGUAUGUUACAACUUAUUGUGAUAUUGGAUACUAUUUUGG